AUGAAAACUUAUGCGAUACUAUAUCGAAUCCAAUCAUUCAUUAGACAGAUUUCAAAUUAUGCCCAGGAAUUUUUUUCAUUGCUAUAUUGGCAUUUAUUUAUAAAAUUGGAUUUACGAAAGAUUCCAUUAGUGAUGAAUUAUACGAAUGGCGUAACAGAUGAUACGUUAUUCAUUUAUAAAGCGUUUCUGGAUCUACGACAAAAAGAACCGUUAAUUCGAAUUUUGGCAUUCAGUCAAUGUCGUGAUAUUAAUAUUAUCAUUCAUUAUCGUCAGCAAUGUGUAUCAGCAAAAGAUAUUACAAUAGAAUAUGAUUGCCCAUGGAAAUGGGUACCGGAAUGUAAAUGGUUCUCUUUUAUGCUUAUUUUCAAUAUGAAAGAUACCAAUUUUUCCAUCAAUACCAAAGAAAUAAUGGUAACUGAAAGAAAUCGUUUGGUUAUCAUCCCAUUGCAAUCAGUUCCUCGAAAUUAUCAACAAAAUAUUUUACAUGUUUGUGUACCACCACUUUAUUGGUACUGGAAUUAUGUCGCAUUUAUACAAUUCAUUGAGAUUUGGAGAAAGCAAGGUGCUACAUUGUUUUACAUUUAUUACGUAUCGGUUAAUCGACGUACAAUGGAAAUUUUAAAAAUUUAUGAAAAAAUGGGAAUUAUUCGAUUAAUUUGCUGGCAGAUGUUACCACGAUCAAAAUUGAUUGAUCCAAAUCGAUGGAUCUAUCGUUUCGGUCAUACACUUAGUAUGAAUGAUUGUUUGUAUAGUUCAUCGGCUAAAUAUGUUGCACUUGUUGACACCGAUGAAUUUAUUAUUCCAAAUUCCGGAACGUUAGUGCCAUUUUUGAAUAAAAUGCAUAAUUUCAAUGAUAUUGCUGGAAGUUUCGUUUUCGAACAUGCUCGAGUUCGAUUUCAAGGAUGGUUUCUCUUAAAGCAACAAUCAAAAUUAGAUUUUGAUUGGUUAAAAAAUGCUGAAUAUCAAAUUCAAGAAGGACCGUCAAAAACCAUUUUUAUGCCUGAACGUGUGGAAAUUUUAGUCACUCAUAAAGUGCGCGAAUUUUUUCAACAAUAUAAAUCAUUUAAAAUAAAUAUUACUGAUGGCUUAUUAUAUCAUGCACGUUCAAAUUGGAUAUUUACAAGUCUCAAUGAUACCAUUUAUUAUCCAACAAAUAUUUUUCACCAAUACAUUACACAUCUAAAUAAGCAAUAUCAUGAAAUCAUAUCACAAGUAUCAUGGAAAGAGGAAAAUCUUAUUCCUCUGUGGAAAAUUUUUUCAAAACAAAUUGAAAAAUGUACAUCUAAAUGGCGCAUAUAUGGUUGUAAAGCGCCUUAUCAUUUAUGUUGGAAUGCAUUAAAUGAUAAGGAUGAUUGGAUUUUUAGUCAUGUCAAUGUUAGCAGUCAUUACAUUUUGUUGUAA